UUCACUUCUCUCUUUAUGUUUGUCAAGGCUUUGUGCUUUGAUUCUGCUGUCUGAUGGCGGUGUUUUCUUUUGCCAGAUUGUCCUUAAAGCAUGUUGGCAGAAAUGGAGACGGUGAGUCUGAAUUUAUUUUUAAUCUAGGUUUUUAUUAGGUUUUUUUUUUAAAUUUUAGUCACCCUUUGCCAUAAAUGACAAAGAAAAACUAUGUUUAUAUUUGUGCAUCUCACUGUUUUAGUAAAAUUCCACUCAAAACUAUAAUCUCAUUGCCUGCAAUGGAAACAUACAGAAUGAGAGUGAAAGGUUAUUUGUAAGAACAGAAGCUAAAACACACAUGACUGUUACCUGAAUGUUAUCUCUGCUCAUGAAGACACAAACACUUGCAUAAAUUUGCCAGUCAAACUAACACACACACACACACACACACACACACACACACACACACACACGCACACACGCACACACGCACACACACACACACACACACACACACACACGGCCACCAUGUUACCUGGCUGUUGUCCAAGACACAAUUCCUCUAACACAGGCAGGAUCAAGUAAGGUAUUAUUGUGUGUCAUUUUGGAGUUUCACAAAUAUAUAAACCAUCACUUGAGGAGGUUAGAAGCAGAGUGGUCUAACCCACAAAAAAUUCAAACUGACUUUUAAAUCAUUUCUGUAAUUAUAUACAAACUGCUAUGAGGUUUUACAAUGCACAAAAAUAACUUUGCAUUUUUUAGUAUUUAUUCAUUGUCUUUAUUGAGCUUAUUUAGUAUGAAGCUAUUUGAGGAAAUGUGUAGUGUUAUGUCUGUUCUGAAACUGCUGUGGUACUGUAAUUUACUGUAAAGGAUUAUUAAAAGAUCUGUCUGUCUGUCUGUCUAUCUAUAUCUGUCUUCUUGAAAAAACACAAAACUUUGAAGCCAUUUUUUUUCUCCAAAACUGCAGAAGGUUUCUUAGACCACUUUGCUUCCAACGUUCACGUAAAAUAUUUAAUGAUCUAAUGAAAGAAAACAAAAAACCUAAUUCAAAACCGAUGAAUGAGGCCAUCCCUGAUCUUCAGAUAGCAAAAUGAUUCACUGCAUAAUGUAUCAUAGCACAACAACAGGUUUCAUGGCAUAAAAAGUGGGUGUUGUGUCUAAUAUUACCCCAGGCUAUGACUGACAGGAGGUAAAUGUCACACAUCAUGCAAAAAUACUCCUCACUAUCACACAACAACCUCGCCAUAGUAAUAACCUGUGUGAUGAAUGAGAAAGCUGCUCUGUGUCUGUCAGAUGGCUUAUGUGACUGACAUCAAGAUGGGUGGAGGCCGCGGGGCUUGGAGCGGAGUGACUCCUUCCUCCUGCCCCGAGGUGGACCUGGAGGUCAUCGAGGAGUACCUGCAGGAGCAUUCGCUGGAGGUGCAGCCAGCGCACACACCUGCAUCGCCUCUGACCACCAUGGGGCAACACACACACUCCCACCAGGGCACCAGGAUCAUAGAGAAUAGCUGGUCGGGUCAGCAUCCGUACGAGUGGCACUGUGACUCACACACUCCAAACGAGGAAUACAAAGAGCAAAUCCUGCCUCCAGCCUGGAGUAGUACCCAUGACAACCAGUGGGAACACAUUGCAUAUUCCUACGAGGCAUCUGCAUACAUUGACUCAGAUUCACAAUCUAGUAGCUCCCAGUAUCAGGAAUACCAAGACUCGCCAUCACCAUCCUCUGACAGGGGGGACAGGAAGGACAGAGACCCCUUACCUCUAGUACCACUGUCAGGAAAGAGGAAGGAGCGGCUGUUCCAGUUCCUGUUCGAGAUGCUUCAGACACCGUCUAUGCGGAGCUGCAUCUGGUGGGUCCAGUCGGCCUCCGGCACCUUUCAGUUCUCCUCCCAGAACAAGGAGAGCCUGGCUCAGCUGUGGGGUCGGCGAAAGGGGAAUCGCAAACCCAUGACCUACCAGAAGAUGGCACGGGCCCUGAGGAACUACUCACGCACUGGCGAGAUUCACAAAGUGAAAAGGAAGCUCACCUAUCGGUUCGAUGAGAAAACGCUGAGAGGUCUGCGAGGAGACUCCAGUACGGUGUAGAAGGCAUGGUGGAGAGGGCAUUUAAGCAUAGAAAUAGAAGAAGCUCAAAGGGUAUCGAGGGAAAUCAUUUUUGAUGUCCCAUGAAUGUCCGUUGUGCUGAUUCUACUUCUGUGGUAUUUUGAAUAACAAAUGAAUACUGAGUAUUUGAAAAGCCACUGUGAGUCAGAGCGUAUUGUACAUAGAGAACCACAUUAGCUGGUAUGAGAGGGGAACCAGAAACGAUACAAAAAUGCAAACUUGGGGAACAGCCAACGUGUGAGAGGUCAGCUGGCAUUUAACAUGUAAACCUAAAAGGUUGUAACAUAAUAUCUACUUCAUAAGUAGAAGUUAAAUCAUUGUCAAAAUAGAAGUUGUGACUUUGUGUUUUGUUUUGUUUUUUAGUUUUGUAUUCCAGCAGAUACAGUAAAAAAAUCAUUUGAAGAUUUUUUUGGGACAAAAUUAUUCUGCAUAAACAUGAUCUGUUUGUGUCAAAAUAAACUGAAAACUAUUUUCAGAACCCUUAACUGUAUGCUCGUCUGUAGCUGCCUGUCUGUCUGCCCGUCUGUCUGUCUAUAUGAACAAAGAGACACUGUUUUGUCCACAUUAUACCAAUAAAGACAGACAUGCUUCGAAACUAAAGCAAACAAACAGACACACACAGGGGCACACACCCGCAGCCAAAACUGUAUGCAAAGUUUGGAUGCACUGAAAAACCACCACCAGCAGGCCUGUUAAUCAGUAACAUCUACAAGCCGUCCUCCCACCAUGAGCAGAGCACACACACACACACACACAAUGA